GCCCGAGCAGGGCCGCGCCGCGGGAUGGAGGGGGCGGCGCAGCCCGCGGGCGGCGGCCCCCAAGGGACCCAAAUAGGGAGCGCAACAGCUAGCUCCAUGGAGAUGACCUCAGCUGUGGAGAGAGGUGGUCCUGAGCCACAGCUGGAUAAUGGACACCUCCCAAGACCCUGGUCCUGCUCUCUGGAAAACAGAACACCCGGCCUAUUGACACCCCAGCAUCCCAGGGCAUGGGGGCUACAGCUCCAAGGUCCCUCUGUGCUGGAGUCCAAAGUGAGGGCCUUGAAGGAACAAAUGAUGGCAGGCAAACCGGGGCUGAGCCCCUGCCUCGCUUCUCACGAGCAGCCACCCAAGAAACCCAAAUGUAGGCGAGUCAAGGUGGGUGGAGCCGGGCCUCUGUCGGAGGGGUCUUCCCUGCCAGAGGCCGAGGUGGUCCUCCCUGCUCAGAGUCUGACCUGUGGGCAGCUGGACGGCGAAGUCAACAAGGAGGAACCUGCCAGGAACAGGGGGCCCAGACCCCCCAGGCCGCCUUCUCCUGGGCCUGAGUGCUGGAAUGGGAGGAGCCCGUGGCCUCCAGAAGCAGUACAGGCAUUGCCUGACAAUGAGCAUUGCCUGCUGCCCGGGCCUGGCUCUUUGCAAGAGAGCCCUGUCCACAGAGUCACUCCAGGCCAGCCUGGGGGCCCUGGUCCUUGUAACAAAAUCACCGUCAUGCCCAACCUGCGGAAAGGAAGGUCAUACACCCUUCAGGAUGGUCUUAUCAUGGGGGGAGACCUGGACAACUUAUCUCUGACCUGCGAGGAGGACUUUGUUCCCAGGCCAGCCCUGCUAGGGGGCCUCUGGCGAGCUGGAGACCUGGGGGCUCUGGGCACUGGUGGCAGUCCCUUGUCCCUGUCUGACCGGGUGGAGAGGAACCGCCUUCUGCUGCAGGAGAUGCUAAAUGUUGGGGGUCAGGCCCCCCCCAAUGUGGGAAUCCCAGCCUGGACUCCAUCCUGGGACAGAGGUGUACCACCAGAGCGGCCAGCAGGGGACGUGGACUGGGACUCCGGCAUCUCCCUGCAGGACUCAGAGCAGAACAGGACCUUUGGUCCCAAGCCGGAGUCUGUGCUGAGCCACAGGCAUGAGGAAGCCAAGCAUCUGCUGCAGCGUGCCCGCAUGAAGGCCAGGACCCGGCCCCUCCGUGCCAGCCAUGAUAUCGUGCCCACUGUCGCCCGGGGCAGCCGAGACGACCGGAGCAGCCCCGCCCCGGACCCGCGGACGCCCCAGGCCUGCAGAGGCAGCCCCCAGAACGGGCACACGAGUGACUCCUCCAGCGGGGAGUCCAGCAGCGGGCGGUGGCCCAGGCGCGGCGCCUCCCCGUCCCGCGUGCGCUUCGAGGACGAGUCGGCCCGCGACGCCGAGUCCCGCUACCUGGAGCGGCUGCAGCAGCGGCAGCGGCCGGCGGCCUCCCGGGGCCCGCCGCGCUCCGAGCCCGACCUGGGCCGCUACGGGCGCGGGGGCCUGGCGCGCUCCGACGGCGCAGGGGCGCUCGGCCGGCUGCUGGGCCGCCUGGAGCGCGGGGCCGUCCCCGCGCCGCCGCCCAGGACGUGCCGGGCCUGCGGCAGCCGCACGGACGCCCCCGCGCAGGCGAGCCCCGACCCCAGGGCGCUCCGGGAGGCGGCGCAGGCGGCGCAGGCGGUGCCCGCGCAGCCCCUGAGCUCUCGGGGCUCCAGCGCCCCCUCGAGGCUCCGCCCGGCCGAGCCCGGGUGCCACCCGGCAGGGAUCCGGGAAGCGCACGCCGGAGCCGGAGCCGGAGCCGGAGCCGCGCCGCGCCGCGAGGAGGCCGAUUCUGCGCCCGACAGCACCGACACGUCGGACGGCUGCAGGACCGACGGCGAGGAGGCCGGGCCCUCGCGCCCCAGCCGGGCCCGCGGCCAGGGCCGAGGCAGCAGCCCGCGCCUGCGGGGCUCCAGGCCUCGGGGAGGCCCCAGCUGGUUGCGGAAGGCCGGCCCGGAGCUGCCCUGGGGCGCUGCGGCCCCGCACCACCUGCCCGGGGUUGAUCACGCGGAGGGUGCAGCCGAGGUCAGGGUCAGAGAAGGCAGGGGACAGGUGCCCGAGGGGACUCUGUCUCCCAGGGAAGACGCCUUCGCUAAGCCUCCUGUCCCGGAAUCUAAAAGGCCUUCCCUGGGGUCCCAGUGGCAGCCUGGGCCAGCGCUGGGAAACCACUGGGUCCACCCGGUGGAUUCCUGGGCUCCGGGCAGGACAGCCUAUCCGCCCGCCCCUUCCAUGAAGCGGGGACCGGGGUCACCGGGCAGACAAACCCCAGCUGCAGAAAGCCCAGAGUCUCUGGAGACCAUCUCUGCUUCCUCCCUGCAACAGAGCCACGCAGAGGCCCCUGCCCUGCGCCAGGCCCAGCAGCCAACCUCUUCCUUCUCCCCCGAAGCCUGGGUGCCAACCCCUCCAUCUUCAAGGAAAGUCACCUCCCCGGUGUCUCACAGGAAGGCAGCCCUGGCUGGGCCCCGCAGGCUGAGUGAACCCGGAGAGCCUGCGGACACCCCUCUGCCUCUUUCAAGAAGUGUGAUUCCCAGGACCUGUGAGCGCUCCCCUGCACAGACCCAGCCCCACGGCCCCGCAGUCAGGCAGCCCCUGCUGGCCCUGUCCACCAACAACUGCAACAACAGCGUGCCCCCAGGGCCGCAAGAGUCCUGGGGAGGAGCUGUCCCCGAGGGCAAGGCGGAGGAGGGCCCCUGUAGCCAGGAGAGCCGCAGCACCACCGGAGGAGUCCAGGGCUUUCUCGGCUCGGCAGCUGUUGGCACUGUCAGCUCCAUGAGCAUCACCCUCUCCUUGACCUCAGAGGAGCCAGAGUCCAGCCAGGAACCAGAGGGAGACCUGCCGAGGACAGAGUUGAGUUCUGGAGGGCAAGUGUCAUCCCGAGUAUUACCAGGUGUCAGUGCCGGACCUGGCCCUCCCAGCGCUGCCCCUUCUGACAGGAGCAAGAAAAGCAGCAGCAGCCUGGCCUCCACCCUGGGGCUGAAGAAGCUCUUCUCUGCCCUGGGCCAGGGCACUAGGCCCAAGCUGGGCAAGGCCCGCAGCUACAGUGUGGAGCAGCUGCAGUCCCCUGCGCCUGGCCCGGCAUCACACCCCUGCUCCCCCAGAGUGAAGAAAGCGCCGUCGUUACAGUCCCUCCGCCUGGUGUCACCCUCUCAUCAACAUCGGAAAGCUGCCUCCUUUCAGAACCUCCAUUCUCUGCUGAGUGGAAAGGGGGACCGGUCCAGCCUCUACAUGGUGGGGGAGCCGGGGGAGCACAGUGCAGCUGGCAGACCAGCCAAGGCCUCAUCCGGGCGUGCCCUCAGUGUGGAGGACGUGAGCGCCCCCAGCCAGGUGCGCACGGUGGGCCGCGUGGUGGAGGUGUUCCCAGAUGGCACAACCCAGCUGCAGCUACAGCGCUCCCCGGAGGGCACUUUUGGCUUCUGUGUGGCCUCCGGGAACGGGCGCCGCGACUCAGCUGCUGAGUGUAUCUGGGCAUGUGGAAUGUGCCUGCCUGUCGGUGCGUCCAGGUCCCUCCCUCAGCGCUGGCUCCAGACGGUGACGUUCCCAGGGAUCCCGCGCUGGCUGCGCCCUGCCGAGGAGGGUUUAGUCCUGUGCUCUCAUCUCCCAGGUCAAAGUCAUCUAACCUGGAAAAAAAUCUGCCUGCUGCCGGACUGGCAGGCCGCAGCGAGUCCUUACAUCUGUUCCACCACUCGUUUCCACAAGUGUGUGUUGAGCACCUACUAGGUGUUUUAUUUUUACUUAUUUUUUAAAAAGGUUUUAUUUGUUUAUUCAUGAGAGACACACGGAGAGAGAAGCAGGCUCCAUGCAGGGGGCCCGACGUGGGACUCGAUCCCGGGUGUCCAGGAUCACGCCCUGGGCUGAAGGCGGCGCUAAACCGCUGCGCCACCAGGGCUGCCCCCUACUAGGCGUUUUAGAUCCUGGGUAUAUUGGGUUCCCUGUAAACGGAACAGAAAAAAAAUCCUGUCCUCAGGAGUCCCCAUUUCAGUGAGGGAGAUAGACUGUGUCUACGAAAAGGUAUGCAUUUGUCUAUGUUGUCCGUUAUCUGGGCCAGACAGCAGAAUGGACCAAGGCACAAAUCCAGACAGCGGGGCGGGCCGGCGGGGCGGGUGCCGGUGGGCGGCUUUUCGGAGCAGAGCGGCCGGUUGGUGUCUGGAGAAAGAGCAGUCCCGGCCGAGGGAAGGGCCCGCGCGAGGCCGGAGGGUGGCAACGAGCGUGGCUGUCGGGGUGGCAGUGCGGAUCUGCACGGAGCAGCGAGGGGGGACAGGCGCCGAGCUCGGAGGCUUUGGCUCUCCCCCGGGGAGCCGGGAGCCCCAGGGCUGCGAAGCAGGGACUGGCGUGCUCCGGUUUGCCCUCGUAACCGUGUCGCUGACCGACUACCGGGCUGCGGACAGGUGCUGGUGGGCUGAGGGUGGACCGGGAGACCCAUUUUAAAGCUAUUUCAGUGGAAUGACUUGGCGGUGGCGGCUCGGGCCGGGGAGGCAGCGGAGAUGUGAGAAGUGGUUGCCUUCAGCUUGACUCGAGGGCGGUUUGACUCAGUUUGCUGAUGGAUUUGACGUGAGGGUGAGGGGAAGAGGACGAGGGUCUCCCCGCUGUGGACCUCAGGAGGUACCUGUCUGUCUCACGGGAGACGGCAUGUGUGGAUCUAGCCUGACGGUCAGAAAGCACUGGCGGGCUGUCAGCUCCUGCACCUUUACCUUUAGCUUCCCCUUCCCUCAGGUGGGGGCGGCAGAGACUUAGAUGCCGCGGCCCUUGGACUCCAGAGCCUCUGCUGGUGUGACCCGAGCAGGUCACUUACCCUCUCUGAGCCUCAGUUCCCUCAUCUGUGAGCUAUACAUAGCCACCUGCCUGCACGAGUCAUAAGAGCAUUCGGUGAGGUGCAAAGAGAAUUUGUAUCUGGGGAGCAGGACCCGGCAGGGACCGCACCGCGAUCUGCACCGUCUGUCCACGUGAGGUCACACACCCCGGGCCUUGUGCUGCGCCCUUCAUCCUCCCCGCAGUCCCGCCAGGCCCCCUGGCAGACGGUCCCGGAGCUGACGUCUCUAAUGACCAAGGGCUCCUUGGGCUCUGGCCCGGCCCGCAGCCCAGGGCACCCCUCACCUGAGGUACGAGCUCUUCCCUGUCCUGCCCAGGUGGCGCCCUGCUCCUGCUGCUGCACUUGGCCGUUGGGUAUCACGCGGCCACCCCCAGGUACGCGGAGCAUGACUGGCGCUGGUGCCUCCUGGCCGCAGACCGUCCUCCGACAGCCAAGGGCCGCCUCUGCUGGGCCUCAGAGGGGCCGUGAGCUGGGGCUGGGCCGCACUCCUCGCUAAAGCGUCAGGACGCUGGUGUUCCCUGGCUGGCGGUCACAUCUGAUUCUAGACAAGCAUGAGAACAGGCUUCGCCUUCUGCUUGUGACUACCACACAGAGCAUACGUGCUUAACAGAGGCCAUUUCCAGCAGAAUAAAUACCUACAACAGCCGUCUCUCCGUCAUACUUUUGUCAUGACUCUCCCUUGUGCAGCCUACCCCGGGUCUCCCCAGAACGGCUGGCACGACGUCACUGUCUGGUCCAGCUCUGGCUACAUGCGUUUGGGGUUUCCCGUCGCUCCCCACAUGCACGUCCUGCUGUACAGCAGCCCUUUCUGUAGGCACGUCCCCUGCCCUCCUUACCUGCCCUCUCUCCACGCGUCUGACACGUGGAUGGGCCGGCAACUGGGAGGGCACCUGGACUGGGGGGGCCGACACCGGGCAGGGGCUGGGCCCAAGGCCCACUGGGCCAGGAGGGAGCAGCCUGGCGGCAAACACUCGGCUUGGCCAACAGGCAGGCCCCGAGAGAGAGAGAGAGAGAGAGAGAGAGAGAGAGAGAGAGAGAGUUCUACAAGUCACACCCAGGAGGGGGAAUGUGUCAGGGGGUUGGUUUUGCUGGACUCAGAGCUACCAACCUUCAGGUGCCUGGAAGGAGAUUUUAGUGCUUUCAAACCCACAUUUCAGAGGUUUGCUCUGGAAGGUUUGCCGGGAGCUGGGCUGAACGAAGGUCCUGCGGGGCUGGGGGAGCAGAGGGAGGACUUCCCACUAGUCCAAGUGUGUUAAAUACCUUCAGGCCAGUGACUGAGGCACCAGAGGAGAGGCCCUCUCAGGCCUGCUCUUUUCUUUUCUUUUUCUCUUCUCUUCUCUUCUUCUCUUCUCUUUCUUUCUUUCUCUUCUUUCCUUCUUUCUUUCUUUUCUUUCUUUCCUUUCUUCUGUCUUUCUUUUUCUUUCUUCUCCUUCCUUCCUUCUUCCUUUUACGUUCUAGAAAUAUUUUUACCAUUAAUCAUACACUAGUCAACAUUUGUUGAACAUUUCAUAUGUACUGCCUCAUGCUAGUCACAGGAAAUGAUCUUUUCAGCUCAAAGACCAGACUAAGUGGUCUGCAUUUUUCCUGCCCCAAUUAUCACCCCUUGUGUUCUAUGGACAUCUCAGGCCCUUUCUGAGGAAGCUGAUUCUAGGAAGCAGAAGGAGAGAGCAGUGUGCGGCCAGCCCGGCCGGGGCUGGGGAGCCUGGGGAGCCAUGAGAGCAUUGAAGGUGGCACUGAGCGGGCCCAUGCAAUUCUUGGUGUCACUGCACACAGUCCACACCCUGGGCUUGAGCUUUCGGAUCACCUGUGUUGGCUCAGCCUGGGGGGCAGCGUGGAGCCCAGCUUUCCCUGAAAGAGCCUUCACUCUCUUAGCUGAAGGGGGGUCUGGUUCUCAGAGAAAGUUGAGGUGAGAGGGGCACCUCCAUAAGAGUCUUCUGUACUGUGAAGCCAGGAGAGUCCCGAGGAACGCAGGCUAGCCAGCCCCAAGGCCCCACAGAGCCUGCUGCACUGAUGUGGGUUCCCCAAAUCAGGCGCAGGGAGAGGGGGAGAAGUAGGCUCUCCCCAGGUCACUCUGCACCCGAGAGACCCAAGGGGAUGGUCAUGCUGGCCAGACAGUGCGGGGGAGAUGUGUGGGAAUAAGGGACAAGUGAGCCGCCAUGGCCUUUAAAUAGGGUGUAGAAUUUAUGCAUCAUGGGCUUUUGCCCAGAUGCCUCCAAAUCCCAGUGAGGAACCACAUCUGAGGAAGAUGGAGGCCAGGGCAAACCAAGCUUCGAUUUGACCUCAGCCACGUUCAUUACUUGAACUUACUUCCCACCACUCGAGCUACUUGAAGGCAGCAGCUGGACCACAUCUGUGAAUCCCACCUAGCACCGUGGCAGGCGUGUAGUAGGUCUUUUUCUUCAUUUCAAACAUCUGUUUCCUUCCUAUUCCACAGCCAAAGCUCAUCUCAGAAAAAGAUGGCCUCAUUCACACUGGGGUGUACACGAAUGAUAACAGCUUAAAGCAUUAUUUGCAUAAAGCAUUAUUUUAGUAAAGCACCAUUUGUGCCUCUUUUUAAAAGAGGAGACAGAGAAAUGAAAUUAUCCCAUGAGGGCGGGCACGCUGUAUCUGUGUCGAAAGCCGGUUGUGGUUGUGAGGUAGAAUAAUGAGGGUGUGUGUGUGUGUGUGUGCACCUGUGCACAUGGGAGCAGUGCCCGUAUGAGCACCUGCUCCCGACCCCCUGCACCGCGCCCACCCGGUCAGCAUUCCACAGGGCCGCACUCUGGAUUUCAUGUGUUCACUCGUUCCGUUUUCCU